AUGAACAGGGCUGUCUCAUCCAAGUGUUUCCAGUGUCCUACCUUUCGAGCUGGAAGGUGCUCGGGCACAGCCAAACGGCUCCUAGCAACUGACGCGGCACCGCUCACUCGAAAGGACAAGAAGGAGGGCGAUAUUUCCUCGGUCUUCUCAACAUUCUCUGGCAGAAAAAUCCCGCCUCUACCUGAACGUUUCCGAGAGCUGAAGCGGAACCUGACUACCGGGUUCGAAGAGCAGAUUCAAAAGUCGUGGGAUGAACUAGUUGAGGUUCUGAAAGUGCGCACCGAAGAAGUUGCCUCUAAGAGAGAGUCUAUUAUUCCCCAGCUGAACUAUUCCGACAUCCGCACAGGCAGCGUAUCUCCGGAGACUGUUGCAGCAAUCCGACGAACCGGUGUCGCUGUCGUCAGAGGGGUGGUGCCGAAAGAUGAAGCUGAAGGACUUCUGUCUGAUGUCCGCCGAUACUUUGCUGCACACCAAUUCCCGGGCUUCCCUUCUGAUGCAGACAAGAAGAUCAUUUACGAAUCGUAUUGGAGUCCAUCCCAAGUAAAAGCAAGGUCGCACCCCAAUAUGUUGUCAGCACAAUCAUGGAUGAAUCAGCUCUACUCCGCAGAUGCCGGUCAAAAGAGUAAUGCUGACCCCACUUCGUAA